AUGGAUCUCAGUGAUGAUUAUGAAGAAGAAUUUACAGAUGCUCUAUCAGCAUCUCCUCCUUUUACACCUUACCCUAUGCCCGUUUCUUACCCAGCACCACCACCAGUACCACCACCUAUUCCACAGCCUACCCCUCCACCAUCUACCCCUGCAACAACUACUCAACCUCCUAAAUCCAUCCAUACCAUUAUCACUCCCUCAGAAAAUGCUUUAUCUGAGUACCUUACAAAUCUUACCAUUACUGAUCCCCUUCCUUCAUUUAUGAAUGAUGGUCCACGUCCUACUGCUCCUCAUGUUUCAGAAAUGGAUGAUGGCCCUGAAAUCCAUAAUCCUGAAGAUCCACUAAGACAAAAUCCUGUUCCACCCACACCUUAUACCCCAUUCUAA